CUACCUCCAAGCUCCAUAUUGUAUAUGUUGUUAACAACAGCUCGAAGCAAGAGACUUACCACAUUGAGCUAGGGCUGUGACUCGACUGCACAGGUUAUCUCUCACGGCGGAAUAUCAUCAACUGGAAAUACUGCCCAACAUGUCCUCCUACACCCAAGCCCAGGAGCUCUUCCUCUCCUCCUCACCUACGACCUCCCCGCUUCCCGUAUCAGCCUUACCUACAAUCGCGUUCCUCACGCUGGCAGCCUCUUUCGUCCUGACCUUUUGGUUCACCACUCUGCCCCCGAAGGCUCGAUCGAUACCCCUCGAGAUCUUCUCUGCUCUCGGAGCUUCUUCCCUGGCCGGGAUUGGCGCAGUGGCCCUCUUCUGUACCGUCGGCGUAUACGUCUAAGGAAGUCGGAGUGAUGGGUUGGAUGAAGGAAACGGUCGGAUGGACCACAACACCCCGACCUAGCGUCAAUUUGAUCUAGAGUGUGUUGUACAAAAAGAGUUGGCGAUUUACAGCGUUCACAAAUCUAGAA